ACGGACAUGAUGGCUCCUGUAUUUAUAGCGUCACGAAUCUACUUUUCCGUGGAAAUGCGGGGAUUUCCCCGGAUUCUCUCUUGUAUAAGUCAGCAAAUUUUAUGACAUCGCAUUUCUCUGGUUUUUCUCGUUAAGAAAGGAAUAAUCUGAACUAGUGCAGAACAAGUCUGUCUUUUUCUUAGGAACGUCCAGCGCAUUCUGUUGUACAGCACUGUACAGCGCACAUGUCGCCAGCUGUGCGCUUUCACAUGAAAGUGCCUCGGGCGGAGUCUACUGUAUUUCGCCUGCUCUUCCUCUUUCUCCCCGAUUUUCACCUUUUCUAGCUCCAGGGAUAUUGUCACCAUCGCCUAGACAUUUUCGCAAUGGAGCGCUCCUCAUCCCGUCCCGGCUUCCAAUCCCGCCGCUCCUACCCUUCCUUCAACCACCUCUCGCUUACCCCCUUGACCCCCCGAUACCCUAUAGACGAUGACGAUCUCGAGAGCGAGUCCCAGGGCUACUACUCAGCGCGAUCUGCGAGUCCAGAAACUGAACGCCCACCCAGCUCCAACGACUACACCAGCACCCCAAGACCCGCGUCAUACCUCUCCAGCAUGUCCGUCCCAGGAACCCCCGGCGUGUUAUCGCAGUCACAGUCUCGCAGUACCUCCCGUACACGUACACGCCAUGGCCGGAGCAAGAGCUCAAGUCGCAUGCACCAGGAUGGUACAAGGACGCCGCGCCGGUCUUCCUCGUCUCGCGCACGGCGCUCGGCCGAUAGUGACUCGGAAUGGAUGCUCCGGACGGGGAUUAUGCUUGCCUCGUCGACGCGAGAGGAGAAGGGCCAGAGCUGGCUGGUGAAACGGGCGAGUUCGACGAGUCUGGCCUCGGAGGCUGCCAACAAUAACUCCUACAUCGAGGAUCAUGCAGCUGCAGCUGCAGCUACCGCCUCGUCGUCAUCGCGGCCCCGCAGCAGUACUAAUAGCAAGGCGGCCAGUCAGAAAUCUCGCUCGGGGAUGUCUACCCCGUCCAGACCGGGUUCUCGAUCCAGCAGACGGGGUAGCAAGCCUGAUCUGGCCACAUCGGGUCUUGAGAUGACAUCCUCUUACACUUGGGUACCUACACCCGCUGGCGAGAAAAGCGAAUUUACUCCGGACGCUGUGGACGAGCAGAUCCGAGCUGAAAUGAUCAACAUGCAGCAGGACGCUGAUGUUGAUGUGGACGUGGACGUGGACGAUGGUGCAUCGUCAUCAUCGCUAUCUGCUUCCGACGCGUCCUCUGAUUCUGAGGACGAGAUUGACGAAAAGGAGAUGCAGCGGUUGACGCGCGAGAGUGGAUUCGGGCUAGGCAGCUGGCUGGAUCGGAUGGUUGAGUGGACGUUCUUUGGUGUCGAUGAGUGGCCAACGUUAUUCUCAGCUGGGCCUGAUAAUCGUGAUAAUCGUAAUCCACCUGCUCCCGAUGGUGAACGGGUCAUGGAAGAUCAUCAAGUUGCACCAGAAGAAGCAGAUGAUAAGCAUCUGGAAGAUUAUUCGGACAUCGCUACGAUCUUUAGCAGAGACGACGAGAAUUUUACUCCAAUGGUUGACAAGCCAGGAGAUGUCGGAGGAUGGGAGGAUGCAAAAUGGUUUCUCAAGGCUAUCAGGCAGGCCUUAGUAUUGUGAUGCAUUCGCUUUCUCAACGGUUAUUUCCCUUUCUGUAUUAUUUUACGAUCCAUGACCAUGACACUAUAUUCACAGCUACUUUAUAUCUACAGUAAUUUAACUAAUACCUUCCCUCAUAAACACACUACCUCAAACACUGAAUACCAAACAAUAAUUGCAAUACUUGGCCAGGCAACUAUGAUACAAAUCAUACCUGCAGAUUUGUAUAUUAAAUGAGAUCCCAGUGCCAAUACAUUGUAGCCUUCGGCCAGCUCAACAUGCAUAUAUUGACAUUUUAGUAAGCGC